UCAAAAAGGGAAAACAUUUUUCUUCUUCUUAAACCCUAAAUACUUCACUCUGCUUCUCGUGCAAUUGUUAAGUCUAAAACCCUCAGUUGGGUCUUCAUUCAUUCGUCGACGAUGGCGGAAACGACUCAAUUGACUCGCCACAUUGAGGCCUACGUCGCAUCUUCUUCUACUCCCACUCACCAGGCUUCUAGCUUAGACGCAAUUGGGUAUCUGGUAAAUACCAAUGCUUUAACUCUUGAAGCACUGGUUAGAGAGAUGGAAAUGUAUUUGACCACAUCAGAUCACGUUGUUCGCUCAAGAGGAAUUCUUCUUCUAGCAGAGGUGCUUACUCGUAUUGCAUCGAAACCUCUUGGUAGUUCAACUAUACAUAGCUUGGCUGGGUUCUUCAAUGAAAGACUGGCAGAUUGGAGAGCAGUACGAGGUGCACUUGUGGGUUGCUUGGCACUGUUAAGGAGAAAAAGUGUUGUUGAUAGUGAUGCCAAAGCCAUUGCUCAAUCUAUUUUGCAAUACUUGCAAGUUCAAUCUUUAGGGCAGUAUGACAGGAAGCUAUGUUUUGAACUGCUUCAUUGCCUGCUAGAACUCUACUCUGAUGCGGUUGCUCCCCUGGGGGAGGACCUUAUUUAUGGAAUUUGUGAAGCCAUUGAUACUGAAAAGGAUCCGGAAUGCUUAAUGCUUGCUUUUCAUAUUGUUGAGUCUUUGGCACAAUUAUAUCCUGAACCAUCUGGUCUACUUGGAAGCUUUGCUACAGAUAUUUUUGCUAUUUUAGAAGCUUACUUUCCCAUUCACUUUACACAUCCAAACAGUGGGGAUAUUCAUAUUCAAAGAGAUGACCUGUCAAGGGCUCUGAUGUCUGCAUUCUCUUCUACACCUCUUUUUGAACCAUUUGUCAUUCCUCUGCUUCUUGAGAAACUUUCUUCUUCACUACAUUCAGCAAAGAUUGAUUCCUUAAAAUAUCUUAGAGAGUGCUCGUCUAAGUAUGGAGCUGAGAGAAUAUCAAAAUAUGCUAAGGCUAUUUGGUCUUCAUUAAAAGACACCCUAUAUACUUAUUUGGGGGAGCCAGAUUUCUCUUUUACUCAAGCACCUGCCGGUGGUAUUGGCUUCCCAAAGAGUGAUAUUGCAAUAGAAGCUAUGUCUCUUCUUCAGCAGCUUAUUGUGCAAAAUAGCAGUUUGUUAGUUAGCUUGAUAAUUGAUGAUCAGGAUGUCAACAUGAUUUUCAACACCAUUGCCUCUUAUGAUGUAUACGAUGCUAUUCCUGAGCAAGAAAAGAAAAAACUACAUGCUAUUGGUCGUAUUCUCUAUAUUACUGCAAAGACUUCCAUUACUUCCUGCAAUGCCGUGUUUCAAAGUCUUUUUUCCCAAAUGAUGGACAAUUCUGGAUUUUCUGUUAGUAAUAUUGAUAGCUCGCUGAAUGUUGAUAGUAUUCCCUCACAGAAAGUUAAGCUUGGCUUCCUUUAUCUCUGCAUCGAACUGCUUUCUGGAUGCAAUGAGUUAAUUGUGUCUGAGGUACCAGCACUGCAGUAUAAUUCCAAGUCUGAGACAUGUUGCGUGAUACUUCAUAGUUUUUCAGCUCCAUUAUUUAAUGCCUUUGGUUCAGUCUUGGCAGUAAGGGCUGAUAGAUGCCCUCUUGGUCCAGAUAUAUACAUUGGAGUGAAAGGUUUGCAGAUAUUGGCUAUGUUUCAGAUAGAUAUUUUUCCAAUACCAAUAUCAAUAUUUGAGAAGAUUUUGGGGAAAUUCAUGUCAAUUAUCAUGGAGGGUUUAAACAGAACAGUAUUAUGGGAAGCAGCGUUGAAAGCAUUAUUUCAUAUUGGCUCGUUUGUUCAAAAGUUUCAUGAUUCUGAGAAAGCUAUGAGCUACAGGCGUUUAGUUGUAGAAAAAAUGGUGGAAUUACUGUCGUUGGAUGAUGUUACUCUGCCUUUUUCACUCAAAGUGGAAGCAUUAUCUGAUAUAGGCAUGACAGGCAUGAAAUAUAUGCUAACAAUUCUACAAGGGUUGGGAGGAGCUGUAUUUGCCAAUCUAUCCGAGGUAUGUAGAAAUGUAAGGUCUUCUGAAAUUGCUAUUCAGCUUUUGGAAUGCUAUUCUUGCAAGUUGCUUCCAUGGAUUCAUGAAAAUGGAGGUUCAGAAGAGUUUGUAGUGCAAUUUGUUUCGGACAUUUGGAGCCAAGCAGGAAAUUAUGUGGAUUUGCGUGCCCCAUUUGAGAAGGGUCGUCUUUAUGCAAUAAUGAAAGUUAUGAAAAUAUCUGUAGGCAGUUGCUCUGUGGAGAGUCAAAACAUUAUACUUCAAAAAGCUUACAGCAUAAUAUCAUCACACACUAACUUUCAGUUCAAUGAAGUCGGAAGAUCACCCCUCACUCCUGAAAAAUAUGACAUAUCUCCUAGAGAUGAAGGAAUGCUUUCAUUAUUUGCAUCAGUAACUAUUGCAGUUUCCCCCAAAACACAUAUUCCAAAUAUAAGAGGAGUUCUGCGUUUAUUUAUAAUAGCCCUCCUCAAGGGUGUUGUUCCAGUUGCACAGGCCUUGGGUUCUAUGAUUAACAAAUUCAUUUCAAAAGCCAACGAUGCAGAGAACUUUAAUGAUCUUACCUUGGAAGAAGCUCUGGAUGUUAUAUUCAGCACAAAAAUAUGGGUUUCUAGUACUGAUGUGUUGCAGGGAUGUAAUGGAACAAAUAAUGGGAGUGAAAUGGUUCUUACUGAUUUGUGCCUGGGCAUUGCAAAUGAUAGAUUACUUCAAACCAAUGCCAUUUGUGGGCUCUCAUGGAUUGGAAAAGGUCUGCUUCUGCGUGGUCAUGAAAAGAUUAAAGACAUCACUAUGAUUUUUAUUGAGUGCUUGAUAUCAGGAACAAAGAGUGCCUUGCCUUUGACCAAAGAUUCCCUUGAAAAUACUGAAGAGCAGAAAUGGGAUCCUUUGAUAAUGAAAUGUUCUGCUGAUGCUUUUCAUGUUCUUGUGAGUGAUUCUGAUGACUGUUUGAACAGAAAAUUUCAUGCCAUAAUACGGCCUCUAUAUAAGCAGCGGUUUUUCUCUUCAAUUAUGCCUAUCUUUCAGCAAUUGAUCACAAAAUCUCUUUCUUCAUUUUCCAGAUCUUUCUUGUAUCGAGCCUAUGCACAUAUCAUCUCUGAUACUCCGCAGAUUGUUAUAGUGAGUGAAGCUAAAAAGCUCAUACCAGUUCUGCUGAAUUGCUUGUCCAUGUUGACAGAUGAUAUCCAAGAUAAAGAUAUCUUGUAUGGUCUGUUGCUAGUCUUAUCUGGGAUAUUGACUGAGAAAAAUGGGCAAGAAGCUGUCACUGAGAAUGCACAUAUUAUCAUCAAUUGUCUGAUUAAACUGGUGGACUACCCUCAUAAGACGCUUGUUCGAGAGACAGCUGUUCAAUGUCUUGUUGCCUUGUCUGUGCUGCCCCAUGUACGCAUCUAUCCUAUGAGAACACAGGUUCUACGAGCAAUAUCAAAGUGUCUUGAUGAUAGAAAGAGAGCUGUUCGCCUUGAAGCUGUCAAAUGUCAGCAAGCAUGGGCAUCAACUGCAUCCACAAGUCUUCGUUUCUGAAGUUCAAAUUAUAGCCAGCUUCCCUUGCUACUGGAAAUGCUUGAGCAAUGUUUUGUAAAAUGAGACUAGUGUGAUACUCAUGCGAUGCUCGGCAUAUAUGACUAACAGUAAAAAAUAGAUGUCAUAUUUAUUAAAAUAUUGUAGCUCAAAAUGAAAUUCCUUAAACACAUAAAAGUAUAAUAUUUAAUUCUCUAA